CCGGAAACAACAGUCAACAGUCGGUCAACAAACAACAACAAGAUAACAACAACCGCGCGACGCGAGCAACACCACGUGAAGAGAAAAAAAGACGCAGACCUGCUUUUAUAGUUCUGUCUCUUGAUUUCUAAAGCUUUCAUCAUGUAUCUUAUGUACUACUUAAACGAGAAAAACGAGAGAGUGUAUACUUUCAAGUCUACUGACCCCAAUGGAAAGCCCACCCUUUCGGCACACCCAGCUCGGUUCUCCCCUGAAGACAAAUACUCCCGUCAAAGGAUAACCAUCAAAAGAAGAUUCGGGCUGCUACCAACUCAGCAGCCUGCUCCUGUCUACUGAUGUACUUAUAAUUUAUCCUAAGAGUAUUACCAUUUGUUCAUACCUUUUUUUUUGUCCCUCUGAGUAAUUUGUUUUUGUUAUUUUUCUGACUGAGCAAUGCCUGCUUGUGCAAAUUAAGCAAUUUUUUUUUUCUAUACUAAAUAAAAGAGAUGUAUUUGUAAA